AUGAAGACAUUCUUCGUGGCAGCGGUGACGCUGUUCGCCGUCCCCUUCACCGUCGGGCAAUCAUCCUCUAGCUGCGGUCUGGCACCCUCCGGCUCCAUCCAACCCUCCCUCGCCUCCGGAUACCGCAUGCAGGUUGUUGCGACCGGCUUGUCCAAGCCUCGCGGUAUACUCCUCGACAAGGCUGGUAAUCUCAUGGUUGUUGAGCAGGGAAGAGGCGUGAUUUCGGCACAUACCCUGAACGAGGACAAUGCGGGCUGUGUCUCUGUUGGCAUGUCUACAGACGUCACGUCAGCGUUAAGUCUGAAUCAUGGCAUAGAGUUGUCCAACGAUGGGAAAACUCUCUAUGCUUCCUCUUCGGACCAGGUCUUUGCCUGGCAAUAUUCCCAGUCGUCGAGGACCGUAUCGAAUCGCACUACAAUCGUCACCAACAUGGCUGGCACGGACCACACCACUCGCACCCUGUUGCUCUCCAAGAAGGCCCCAGGUCUACUUGUGGUGACCAGAGGCAGCACCUCCAACAUUGACUUGGCAGCUGCAAGCUUGAGUUCGGGUCAUUCUCAGAUCAAGGCGUUCAAUUUGACUAAUCGGACCAGCACUCCUUAUGAUUUCAGCACAGCCGGGCUACGACUGGGUUGGGGAUUGAGGAACGAUGUUGGCAUUGCAGAGCAUCCUGUUUCUGGAGGAGUGUUCUCUGUAGAGAAUUCUGCCGAUCAAAUCACCCGAAUGGGCGUCGACGUCCACCAAGAUAACCCCGCGGAAGAGUUAAACUUCCUGGGGUAUCUGAAUGGCACCCAUUACGCUCACCAAGGCGGCAACUUUGGCUAUCCAUGGUGCUUCUCAGCAUGGGCUGUUGAGGACCUGCCAGACCAUACCAACUUGACGGUUGGCAGCCAGUUUGCCAUAGACGCCAGUCCUGACUCCAACAACCAGAAUCGGACUGAUGUUUAUUGUGCGGAGCAGUUACCUGCACGUUUGGUCUUCCAGGCUCACAUGGCCCCUCUCGAUAUCAAGUUCAACAACAGUGGCACGGAAGCUUGGAUUACCUUCCACGGCAGUUGGGACAGAGACACGCCUACUGGGUAUAAACUGAGUGUUGUGGCGUUCCACAACAGUGGCCAGCCCGUUGACGACCUUCAGAGUAAAACAGCUGCUCGUGAUAUCUUUGCUAACGCAGACAACUCAGAGUGUCCUGACGACUGUUUCCGACCUGUUGGCAUGGCAAUUGAUGAUCGUGGCCGAAUCUUUGUGUCGUCGGACGCUUCAGGCGAGAUCUAUCUCAUUUCAAAAGUGUCAGGGGGUAAUGGGUCCUCGUCCUCUCCGAGUUCAUCGAUUGCAGCGUCCACACCAUUUUCCCUAUGGCCCGUUGCGUUGUUUUCAUGCAUUGCCAUCAUAGGUGCCCUGGUGAUAUGA